AUGGCUUGGACAGAUGCAGAUUACAAAUUUGUAUACAUUGAUGUUGGUUCUUAUAGAACAGUUAGCGACUCAGAAAUAUUUAAAUCAUCUAAAAUGGGUAAACGGCUUUCUGAGAACCAGCUAAAUGUUCCCUAUGGAAGGCAUUUGCCCAAUAAUGAUGACGGAAAUGUAAUUCCAUUCUCUGUCGUUGGUGAUGAAGCAUUUGGACUUGGAAAUUGCAUUUUACGACCAUAUGCAAGAAGAAAUUUAAACUAUACAAAAAAAAUUUUUAAUUAUAGGCAUACAAGAGCUCGACGUAUGGUUGAGUGUACUUUCGGCAUUCUCGCUAACAAAUGGCGUAUUUUUCACCGCCCAAUUGAUGUAAAUAUACAUUUUUGUGUUCGAAUUAUUAAAGCUUGCUGUGUUCUUCAUAAUUAUGUCCGCAUCAAAGAUGGAAUAAAAUUCACAGAUACUCUCUACAGUGCUCCAAUGAAUAACUUAACAUUAAUCAAUGAAAACAACCGAGGAAGAAGUAAUAUGGAUAAUGUGCGUCAGUAUAUGUCUUCAUAUUUUAUUUCACCCAAAGGCGCUAUUUCAUGUCAAUAUGACAAAGUGUAA